AUGUCAGCCGUCCAUCCGGUGAGCGACGGUCUACCGUCACCGCCACGGCCGCUGACGUACCGAUGGUUUCCCUCUUGGCGUCUCCUCACGGCCAGCAUGCUCUGCCUCUGCUUUGCCAGGUAUCUCAACUGCCAACGCGCCUUGUGACCUCGUCCGCACGGAUGGCCGAGUGGUCUAAGGCGCCAGACUCAAGCGAAUAGCUUGCCUCGAGUUCGAGGCCUCUGGGCGUUCUGGUACUCGUAUGGGUGCGUGGGUUCGAAUCCCACUUCGUGCAGAAUCUUUUGCGCUUUUUCAUAGUGGAUUCAUGGUUUUUGCUUUUUUUUUGGAGCGUGUUUUUGAGAAUUAGGUGUAGUUUUUAAACAAAAAACUAUUAUUUUUUUCAUGUAUUUUUUUAUUAGAAUUGAAAAACUUCAAUAGAGAAGGGAAGUGGGAAUCUUGAUAUUAUCUGGAUUUUUGAAAAAAAUAUUUUUUUUCCUAUUAUCUUAACAUUAUUCCUAGAAAAAAAGAAAUUUUGUCCGUUUUUUUCUAGUUUUUUUGAUCAAGACUUUUUUUAUGUUGUCAAUUUUUUUUCUCUUCAUUUUCCAAGCUUUUUUUUGGGUUUUUAUGGUUCGAAUAUCGAUAAGAUUUUAGAUUUGGAUUGAUAAAUUUUUUGGAAAGCAAUCGCUUUGAAAUUUCUGAAAAGUCCGUGUUAACACUUUCACCUUCACUUUGAAAACCUGUAUUCAAUGGAAAAAAAAACCAGAAAGUUUGAAAAUUUCGAAAAUCCUCAUCCGGAUCUUCUUUCCAGUGUCCACAUGAUGAACAGCAACAUGGGGAUGGCGAUCGUUUGUAUGGUCAACUCAUCGGCCAAUUAUGACAACACUAGUCUAGAAAGUUCGGCCCCGCGGUUAGAUUGGACGCCUGAUGAGCAGGUUUCCAUCAAAAAAGAGCUUUCUGUGCAAAAUUCAACUUUCCAGGGUUACAUUUUCUCGGCCUUCAAUGCCGGUCUUUUGGUGAUGUUGGUGACGGGAUUUCUGGCCGAUAAGUUGAACGCCAAGUACAUGAUCGUGGCCAGUGUCGCCAUCGCCUCAGCCGCCAAUUUUAUGAUCCCUGUUUUGUCACCUUACAGGUAGAUUUUUGAAAAAUCACAUCAAAUCCUUCCUGAAGUGAUUAAAGGAUCAUAGACAUGUUUAGAGGUCUCGAAGCGAAAAGCCGCUUUUAGAGCCAUUCCAUUUCUCGGAGAUUUAUGCUUCCAUCAACUAUUCAGAGACAUUAUUUUGUUGGAGCCCACUCUAAGGACUUGAAAAGGUGGUCAUGAACAUCGAUAGGAUGAUUUCGUUAACCUUUUAUCGAUUAAAAAAUCGUUUUUUUUUGUCACUUUUUCUACCUGAUACCUUUUCAUUUCGAAAAACCUGGAAGUCAAAUUUCCCCAUCUAGUGUCUACUACGCGAUCGCCGGCCGCUUCCUUGUCGGUUUCGCCGACGCUCUUCUCCAGCCGGCGAUGAACUCCUUGAUCACCAGAUGGUUCCCGACCUCCGAGAGGAGUUACGCCUUGGGAUUGGCCACCGGAGGACGGCAAAUCGGUUCGUCGAUUUCAACAUUUUUAGAGCAAGAUGCUGAGGUUUUUCGAGUCCAGUGAAGUUCCCUUAUGGGCAGCUUUGAAGUUCAGAGGUUUCUUACCAGGGAAUGGCCUCGGGUGGGACUUCUGAAUGAGACCAAGUUCAUUAGAUGUAGUUUUGUACGCUGAUUCCAAAUCUAGUCUCAAAAAUUGCCCAAGACGUCUGUGGAAUAAGUUAUGGACCCUCAAAAGUUAGUGUAAUUUCAGAACUUCUUUCGUUUGUUUGAAACUUUUCUUCAAAUAUUGAAAUGAGCUUUUGCUUCAUUUAUUCAUAUUCUUCAUUUGAACCCAAAAUUUAAUCUCCAGGAACCCUCGCCAUUAUUCCAACGGCUGGAGCUUUAUGCUCCCAGACGGUCCUUUUUGGCGGCUGGCCAUCGAUUUUCUACCUUUCCGGCUUCGUCGGCAUCGUUUUCAUCGUCUUCUACUCGAUCUUGGGUUUGUUUUAGUUGAAUUAGAGUUGGACGACCGUAAUGCCAAAAAUUGACUUUUUUGUUUCAAAGAUUUUAAAUUCAGUUUUAGGGACUUUUAUUUAGUAAUCGGAAGAAUGAGCUGACAAGAAAAAUUCGAAAAAUUGUUUUUUGUUUCAAUUAGAAUUAUAGUGGUUUGAUAAGAAUCAAGCGAGAUAUUACGCGAAAAAGAGAGGUUUAGAGCGUUUCUGUUAACUUUUUCGCAUGAUAGUGAUAAAUGAAGGGAAGUUAAAUUGAUUUUGAAAAGAUCUGAUUUUCACAUUUGUUUCAACUUUAUUAUAGUCCUUUCAGUUCAUUCCUCCUUGUUUUUUUUUUCUCAGUUUUUUUAAAAAAAAAUCAUUUUUGACCUACUGUCAAACCAGUUGAGUUAACCCCAAAAAAAUCAGAAAAUCCCAAUUUUCCAGGAGCGGACAAGCCCUCCAAGCAGACGUGCAUUUCCGACGCCGAGCUGAAGUUCAUCACCAUCGCCAACCAGAACGAAGACGUCGGAAAGAAGAGAACCGAGCGGAAAGUCCCAUGGAUGAGGAUCUUGGAGUCCGGCGCCGUCUGGGCCUCCGUCAUCUCCCUCGUCUGUCAUGAACUACCCUUGAUGACCAUGAUCAUGUUCUUGCCCAGGUGAUUAUUCGAAUUCAGCUUUUGGUUUCUUGAAGGGAAAAUAGGACAUUUUUUGGAAUACAAGGCCUAAGAAGUUUGAAACGUCAGUCCUUCUAUUAUAUCUCAUCUGCCAGGACUUGAAACAGUCUGACCUGUCUGCGUCUCUUUUCUCUCUCUGGCAAGGUAAAAAAAAGAGAUGAGAGGGUGCAGAGAAACCAGACAUUUUAGGGAUUGAACUAAAUUGCAAAUUUUUUUUCGUCUCAAGACCUCGAGAAAAUUUUCCAUGCGCCUUUAAACAAAAAUGGAUCCUGAAAAGAAACUAGAGGUUUUAAAAAAGAGUUAUUGUAAAAAAAAAAGCCUUCUUAUUGAUUUUUGGACAGAAAAGGCUAAUUAUUUUCACUUUUCCACUAUUUUUAAAGACCGCCACCCGAGUUUUCCUAAAUAUUUAUACUAGUUUUUAUUUUUUUAAGUAAUACUACUUUCCUAAGGCUAUAACUGGGAGGUCUAAAAUUGAUUCAAAUCCUAAUUUUCUAAGCUCUUUGUGAGCCAACCCUUCCUCCCGGCCUGACUAAGUUCUUUACUUUCCCAUUUAUGAUUUUUUUUAAAUUACAAACUCUCAAUCUUCUCAGUUACCUCCACGACGUCCACCACUACGAUUCGACGGAGAACGGAAUCCUGUCCGCCCUGCCGACGUUGUCGCUGUGGAUCGCCAAGAUGGGAUCGAGCUACGCCAACACCUGGCUUCAGAAGAACACGGCUUGGAAAAAAGACACCAUUUGCAAGGUAACCCUCACCAAGAAGUUAAAUUUUUCUCAACAAUAGUCCAUUCAUCGCUGGUUUGAGGGUCUCCUUACACGAUUAGCGAGAGAGUGGGCGAAAUCGAGAGAUUUAGAACACUUAGAAGUUUUUUUAUAGGUCAAUGGUGAAUAGAGAAAAAACGCAAAACUCAUUUUUCCAGAGAAAAUUAUCAAAAUUCAGGUUCUCAACUCAAUCGGAUCGGUUGGCCUCGGAUUUUUCCUGAUCGCCGCCACUUGGCUCGACUCUUCUCAUGCCUGGAUGGCCGUUCUAUUCCUCUGCCUCAGCAUGGCUUCAGCAGGUACUUGAGAAAAAAAGAAAGAGAAAAAAAGCUGGCUCGAGAAGAUAGUGCUUCAAAAUUUGAAUUUAAAGAGUUUUGUUCUUCAAAUUAUGUUACAGUAGUGUAAUGGUGACUAUGAAAGUUAGGCGGUCGGUAAUUUUUGGAAAGUUAGGCCGUAUGAAAAACGGGAGACUUAUCAGCUAUAGGAAUAGAAGAAAAAUGAAAAAAAUAACAUCUAAUUAUAGUAAAGGCCGUAUUUCACAAAUGUGAAACACGGCCUAAUUUUCCAAAAAUUUUCCGUCCUGACUUUCACAAUUCACUUUUGAUAUUACUUUCAAAAUGUUAGCAGCCGAAUUUAUUUAAUAUAUUUAUUAUACUUUUAAAAUUAACCUGCCAAAAUGUCAUUUUUCAAGGACUUCACACUCCCGGCUGCCAAUUGGCGCUGGUGUCCGUUGCCCCCGCUUAUUCCGGAGCCGUAACCGGUUUCACCUUCUUUUUCGUCGCUGUUUCUGGAAUCAUCCACCCGAUCGUCACCAAAAUGAUCGUUCAGGUUGGUUCUGACAGAAAAAUCCGGGAAAACUAUGGUUUUUUGCAGGAAAGGACAGCUUCUGAGUGGAAUCUGGUGUUUUACAUUUCGGCCGCCAUCGCAGUCUUCCCUAUCGUGAUUUUCAACGUCUGGGGGUCCACAGAGGUGAAUAAAUUCGAGGGAAGAGGGAAUAAGAGGAAACUUUCUGAAUCCAAUGAAAAGAAAAGCCUUGAGUUCAGAUGAAGUUCGAUUUUUUUUUAUAAAUCAAAGGAACGAAACACUUGAGAACGCCAGAGUGGACCCCAGAGGGGAGAGCUUGAGGCCCUGGAAGGGUCCCCUUUAGAGACCACUUUACCUAAAUCUGAAGUUUGCCAAAGUGGCCCUUAUAGGGGCCUUGAUCUUGACUAAAAUAGGAAUUUCACAAGAUUUUAGGAAGAAAAAAAUGUUUCGAGUUAAAAUUUUACUAAUAAUCUGAAAUUUUAGCAACAUACUGAAAUUCAUAUCUUCUCAACCUUUUCCGUGACAAAAAAAAGAAAAAUUCUUCAAAACCCAUUCGGAAAAGAGCAAAUUCAUUCGAUACUGAUUACAGGUUCAAUGGUGGGCCAAAUCAACGGCUUCCCAACAAAAAGAGCAGAAAAUCAAGGAAAAAACAGCCCCGGAACUCGAAUCUCACGGCUCCUGUGAUUCCAUUGCCUAA